GACUUCAUAAGAAGUACAAUGCUACCAUUUGCAAAUAUAUCUCAUCUGAAAGACUUAUAGAUGAAAAGUCCUAGUGGGCUUUAAUCUUGGAAACCCCCCGAGUUGAUUUCUCUCAAAACUUGGUGAAUCUCACAAGUUUGUAUUUUUUUCCCUCUCAGGAUAAUAAACUCAACAUCAGCAAACACAUUUUGAGUUGGAAUAUCCAAUCGGUCAAGUUCGGAGAAAAGCGGCCGAAGUCUUGUUAUCUUGUUAUUGUUUAUUUGUUAUUUUUGGUUACUUCGGUAAUUAUUUUGUGAGAUCGAGACUCUCCACUCACUCAUAAUUUCCAAAAUUGUUUAUUCACAAACACCACAAUCUACAGGCGGCUUUAUUACAGGAAUUUUCAAAAUGGCAAACAUCGGCGAAGAUCCUCUUGUUAAUGACACAAUUUUGAAUAAUUCCUCUCCAACCACUACAGACGAGUCGAUCGCUGAAACAACCAAGAUCGAAGAACCAACAACAAGAUCUGACCCUUCUUUUAUUCAACACCAGAUUUCUCUCCAAAGAAGUCCUUCGGCCACCAAAUCACAUGUGUCAGCUCUUUCCGGUCAAUUGUCCAUAAAGUCCAGUGGAAGCAGUCCAAGACUAGGAUUUUCGUCACUUGCUAUCGUCCACAGCGAUGAUGGACAGAGAAGAUCGCGCGGUGAUUCCAACGGAAGUAAUGCUGGAGAAGUUAGCAAAUCUACACUACUCAAGUCAGACUCGCAUUCUUCCGGUUUGUCGAUAAAUUCAGAGAAGUCUGUUCACUCGGUCAAUGUGGUUGGGAGCUAUCCACUUGGCACGUUAAGAGUUCACUCCCCAUCGCCAACCAGAGAACGUGGUGUGGAACAUCACGAAAUUUUGAAGCAUGGUGAUGUGGUCAUUAUCCGAAACCUUCCAGCCAGUACAAUCUUCGGGUAUGAUACAAAGGCUUAUACGAUCAAGACCGAGGGCACAUUUGAAGGCGUCAAGCAGAUCCCGGCUGGCGCUCACUUCUUCUGGGGUGGGUCCGGCAAUGGAUCUUCACGAACCGGAUUUUGGCUGAUGACAAUGAAGCUGGCUUCGGAUGAAUUCGGUGAGAUUAAUGUCCUGAGAUGGGACAACUACCACGAGUCUUUAGAAGAGGAGCUUAGCGAGGCCGAAAAGCGCAUUCAAAAGGCGAGCGUACCUGAGAUUGCCAACAAGCUCGAGCCAUACUUGAGUGCUUCGCCAAGUCCAGAUCCCGUCCCCUCUAUUUCUACGUCGUCAACCCUCAUUGGCUCUCCAAGUUCCCCAAUUACUGCCGAUAGCAUUGAUGACACCGACAAGUGGCGUCGUUUAACCUCGUGCAUCAAACACCCCUACCUGAAGAGAGUCACAGGUGGCAAGUGGAACAGUUGGAAAGUCUCGUCGAGCCAUGACAUCAAGACUACAGAGCUACAGACUUCAAGCGCCCCUCGUGACGUUAAGGGUGGCACUACGAAUUUCGACGGAGACGAAUUCCUAAACUUUGUUUUCCCAAGAAGCGCCCGUACCUUCUCAGAAUCAUCUUCUGGUCGCGAGCGCACUGAGCAAGCAAUCGACAGUACGUCUUACAUUGUUGAAGCUAUCGGACGCUGCACAUAUGAGGACUCUGAUGAGAUCAUUGGGGAGUUACAAUUCUGUUACAUCACUGGGAUGAUCCUCGGCAACCUUGCGUGCAUGGAACAGUGGCGUAUCAUCAUCAUCAAGCUAUUCGGAGCAUAUCGUCUUUCAAUGGAUCACCCAGUUUUCUUCCGUAAGGUCAUCACCGCCGUCCAUGCGCAGUUCAUGUAUGAUGAAGAGGGAUUCGACACUAGUAUCUUCGAUCAUGAUUCCCAUCUCGGCGACGACUUGAAAAUCAUCCUUACCAAGUUCAAGUCCCGCUUGAAUGAACAACUCCUCUCCUACGGUUCCAACAUUACACGCGAGCAAGAGGAAGUAGGUAAGGCGUUCGAAGCCUUUGAGUCGUGGCUCUGGAAGUGGGGCUGGGAUUUACGUGGAAAUUAUCUUAGGUCUGGAAAAUUUCAGUUGGAGGAUGGAGAGAUGAUUGAUGCAGAGCUCAAGGAUUUCGAAGACGAGGAUGAACGAGGUCGCAAAUCUGACAAACCCAAGAAGUCCAAGAACAACCGUAUUAGCCGCUCCGGUUUCUCGUGGGCUCUUUCAAAUGUAUCCUAAUCGUCGACUCUUCUUGUACUCGACUUUCCUUUCCAACUUUCAAUUCUCAGCUUCCUUGAUUCUCCUAGGAGAAACAGGAUGAAGCAAGUGUGUUACCACAAUCAACUUUUUAAUCACGAUUUCUUGAGUUCCCA